UUCUUCGUUCCAAUCUCUUUUAAUUGCACAGCACACUCUUAUGAGCAACAAGACAUAAUAAGGGCGUCUGCUGCUCUCUACUCUCUAUUAUACCAGGAAAACAAAAAUAUCACCGUAUAUAAAGCUCCAUGAUAUUUAGAAUUUCAAUAAUUUAACACUCUCAGGUUCAGCUCUGAUUGCUGCUACUUGAUGCUCAUCUUCUGAAAUACUUCUCUCAAAAAGACCGACCCUUUUCAUUUUCCUUCUUAUUCUUAGUGAUCAUAAUGGAGAAACAUACAAACCAAAUGGAUUUAGAUGAAUGGGAAGUCCUUUCUGAUGAUGGGUUUUUCGAAUUAAAUCAUCUUCAUCAUCAUGUAAAUGAUAAUCAUCAUAAUAAGAAGGUAUUAACAAUUGAUUCAGGUUUUGAUGAUUACUUCAUAUGUCCAUCACCGAAGAAAUCAGUUGUCAUAAAGGAUAUAAAUAAGAAUCAACUUGUUCCAGUUAAUAUUCAGUUGGAACAAAAAAAGGAGGAGAAGAAAAAACCAGAAGAGGAACAAAUAAUAGUAAAAGAGAUGAUUAAAGUUCCUAUUGUUGAGAUCAAGACUCCAAAAUUGGUACUAGUUGGAGAAGAUCAAGAUACAAUCUCACAAGUCUUCUUUAAGAAAAUGAAGGAGAACGAAUUCGUCGACAUGAAAUUAGACUCCCCAAAAUCUGUGUCUAGGGGAAUUAAGGCACCACCUGCAAUUGAAUCAGGAGCAAUUCAAUUCGAGGAUAAAGAAGAGAUCAUAGAAAAUAAGAAAAUUGAUGAUCAAGAGGCGGUGAAGAAUUAUUUGGACUCAAAAGAUGAAAGAAACUUAGAAAAAAGUAAUCAUGGUGGUGGCUUGCAUAUUUGGAAGUGGAGAAUCACUGGAAUUGGAGCUCUUUGUUCUUUAGGAAUUACUGCAGCAACUAUCUGUAUUUUCAUUAUAGGAAGCAGGAAAAAACAAAAACAUCAUCAGCAGAAUCAAAAAUACAGAAUCCAGAUUUAUGCAGAAGACAAGAGGAUUAAGCAAGUGGUUCACCAUGCAACUAAACUGAAUCAUGCAAUUGCAGCAGCAAGAGGUGUUCCUCUCACAAGAGCUCAUAUUACCAUUGGAGGUUACUUUGAUGGCCUUUAAAUUACAACCCAUAACAAUUCCUCAAUUCUUCAAAAUAUUAUGUUAAUCAAGUCGUUAAGCUGUCGUCGAUCAGGAUCUUAAUUUAUAAUAUAAUAUGGUUUAUUUCUGAUACAAGUUAUGUAAGUCAGAUCUCUGUACAUAAUGUAGUAUAGAAUAGGAUGUAGAAUGCAUGUCCAGUAGAAGAAGAGGAAGUUACUUUAAAUUACAACAUUCCUGAUUUGUGUUUUAGGAUUUCAGUUACAGUUUGUUAAGGAAGAUGUAUUUCAUGGGAAAGGUAUGGGGAUGUUGUUGUAUUGCGUCUGGUUUAUAUUGGUUCGAACUUGAGAGUUUGAGACUACAUUCUGAGCUGUUCAAAUAAAUAAAUAAAGUUUCGUUUAGAGUUUUUUUUUUCCUUCCAA